UGCGCUGUGCCUGCUGCUUAUGCUUAGGGAUGGAAUUAGAAUGUGACUACUAGCAAUGAUGCGCUGCUGUGUAGAGAGCUGACCCUGCGUUGCCAUGGUCGCGCCUCUGGGCGCCGGAGCGUCACUUCCGCCGGGACGCCGGGGAUGCCGAGCUGGAGGCCUGGGCGGCGCGGCUAGCGGCAGACGCAGGAGGACAUGUUCUUCCAGGGGGUAUUCAUCAGAUUCCAGAGAGAGCAGCUGGCUUCGGUCACUUUUUGUGCGAAAGGUUGAUCCUCGCAAAGAUGCACAUUCAACCUUGCUGUCUAAACAGGAGACCAGUGGCCUGUACAAAAUUCAAUUUCAUAAUGUGAAACCAGAAUGCCUGGAUGCUUAUAACAAACUGACAGAAGAAGUGUUACCCAAGCUGCAUCAAGAUGCGGAUUACCCAUGUGACCUAGUGGGUAAUUGGAAUACAUGGUAUGGGGAGCAGGACCAAGCAGUGCAUCUGUGGCGGUUUUCUGGGGGAUAUCCUGCACUAAUGGACUGUAUGAAUAAAUUGAGAAAUAACAAGGAUUAUCUGGCUUUCCGUGAGGAACGUAGUCGGAUGCUACUGUCCCGCAGAAACCAGCUCCUCCUCGAGUUCAGUUUCUGGAAUGAGCCAACGCCUCGUAAAGGACCCAACAUAUACGAACUGCGCACAUACAGACUUAAGCCGGGAACAAUGAUUGAAUGGGGAAAUAACUGGGCUCGUGCUAUUAGGUAUCGCCAGGAAAAUCAGGAGGCUGUGGGUGGAUUCUUCUCUCAGAUAGGAGAGUUAUAUGUGGUGCAUCACCUUUGGGCUUACAAAGAUCUACAGUCCAGAGAAGACACUAGAAAAUCAGCAUGGACUAAAAGAGGAUGGGAUGAAAAUGUGUAUUACACGGUCCCCCUUGUGCGGAACAUGGAGUCUCGCAUCAUGAUUCCACUGAAGAUAUCCCCUCUUCAGUGAUGUAACAUCACUACUACAAUCAAAUACCAAUUAAAUAUCAUUGUUGAAAUUCUAAGCAGAUAAUGCACAACCUUUAGUGACCUUUACCGCCUAAAUGGAGUACUGAGCUGUAGCAGUUUUAAUUGGGCUUAGCCAAAACAUGCUCAUGUACUGGAAAAGCAGUCUAGAGAAUGUCUGUUAGUGCUCUAUUUGUCUGUAGUCUCAAAUUGAGUUUUUAUUAUGUCUAGUUUAUUACUAAAACUCAGGGAAGAAUUCAAAUUGUGUCACUGCUUAACUUCAUUCCUUGCUUCUGAAUGGGAACAAAAUAAAAAGAAAAUUUAAAUGUUUUAUACUCUUAGGGUUAAAUUUACUAAAGCUUCUAAAAAUGAAAAGUGGCGAUGUUGCCCAUAGCAACCAAUCAGAUUCUGUCUAUCAUUUCUCUAUUUCAUCCUAGAAAAAUGGUUCAAUUUUAGCAGCUUUAGUAAUUAUACCCCUUCAAAUCUGAAAUUAGCAAAUGUCUUAAGGUGCAUACACACGGAAAGAUUUUGACUAUGAGAGAUUCUGACUGAGCGAUUUCCCUUGAACUGGCAGUAGGAGAUUUUGACUAACUUUACCAGCGAUUUUGACUACAUAAAGGUCCAUACACACGGAGCGAUAUAGCUGAGCGAUUUUGACUAUAUAGUCAAAAUCGCUCAAAGUUAAUGCAUAUCGUUAUCAUUCUGUGUGUACACAGCCAGCGAUAGCAAUGCGUGUCCCCGCCAGGUCGCUAUCGCUGCUAAAAAUAGACUGUGCAGGCAAGUCAAUUUUGGCUAGGUCGCUGGAAAAGAAAAAGCAUCCCCUUGCUUAAAUGAGUUGGCCAAAAUCGCCCAUAUCCAAAAUCGCUUGCACACUUAUUAAGGUGCACACACACGGAGAGAUUUUAACUAUGAGAGAUUUUGACUGAGCGUUUUCCCUUGAACUGGCAGUAGGAGAUUUUGACUAACUUUUCUAUUGAGUUUGGUUAACUCAUUUAAAUAGGGGGAGGUUUUUACUUUUCCAGCGACUAAGUCAAAAUUGACUUGCCUGUACAGUGUAUUUUCAGCAGCGAUAGGGACUUGGCGGUAACGUGCAUUGCUAGCUGUGUACCCACAGAGCACUAUGCACUAAAUUUUUGUGAGCGAUUUUGACUAUAUAGUCAAAAUCGCUCAGCUAUAUCGCUCCGUAUGUAUGCACCUUUACAAACCACAGCGCAUGUUUUCCUGUAGACACUUUUUGCAAUAUGUAGAAAAUCAAAAAUGUAAAAAAUAAUAAAUAUUGUUCUGUGUGGUUUUUUUUUUUCAAUCUUGUGCUACCAGGUACAGUGCAGUGUUGAGCAACCUACCAGUCUGAAUAAAUUAUUAACUAUGUGAGCAUUGGUUGAAGCAGUUGGCUAACUUCCUCUAAACAGUUGCAUGUAAUAGCAAAAACAGAUCCAAAAUUCCAAUCUCUGGAAUGAAUUUGAACCCAUACACUAUUGGCAGCUCAUAUGGGACAGCAAUAUGCAUAUGAAAAUGCACAUAUUCGUAACAUAAGAUCACUUUGAGGCAUUGUGAUGCAUCUAGUUGUAGGCAACUAGCAUAUGUGCCACUUAUACAUCAGGAGAAACAUUCUAUGCACUACUAAAGUGUAGAUGGGUUCAGUAUGAUAUCCUGAUGGAUGGGAUGUCGACGGUUAGAAUACCGACAGCGGCACCCCGACCAUCAGAAUCCUGGCAGUCCCCUGGAAAGUACCCUAACCCUCCCUUGUGGGUGCCUGAACCUAACCCUCCCUGGUGGUGUCUAACCCUAAUCCUCCCUUCCCCGCUGCCUAAACCUAAUCCUCCAUGCUUGGUGCCUAACCCUAACCUCCCCUUCUAAGUGCCUAAACCUAACCCUUCUUCCCCAGUACCUAACCAUACCCUUCCCGUCCCUGCACCUUAACCCUAACCCCUCUUCUAAUGCCUAAACCAAGCCCUUCCUCCCUGGUACCUAACCAUACCCUUCCCGUCCCUGCACCCCAACCCUAACCUCCCCUUCUAAGUGCCUAAACCUAACCCUUCCUCCCCGGUACCUAACCAUACCCUUCCCGUCCCUGCACCCUAAGCCCCCUUCUAAUGCCUAAACCUAACCUCCCAUCUCAAGACGUGAGCGAGUUUCGCUGGGAGACCGAUCGGGAUUCUGGCUGUUGGUAUUUUGAUGCCGGGAUCCCGACCUCCAUCGGGAUUUAGAGGUCGUGCUUAUGGCGUCCUUUGAGAUUCCGGCAUUGGUAUAUGGACCGCUGGAAUCCCGUCUUUCCAGAUAUUAACUGCAUUCCAUGUACAUAUGUAGCUUGACAUCGUUAUUCACAAUACCCUAUUUGCAUAUAACAUGAUACUAUAUGGCAUAUGUACUAAAUAAACCUUGGAGAGAGUUAAAGUACUA